AUGAAUUAUUUAUUGAUUUGUUUAUUAUUUGCUUUUUCCGUUGCUGCACCAGUUACUGUUACCAGAUUUGUUGAUGCUUCUCCAACUGGUUAUGAUUGGCAGUCUGACUGGGUUAAAGUUUUUCCGAUUGAUCAAUCGUGUAAUGCCACCGAAUAUAACCAAUUAUCCGCUGGGUUGCAAGAAGCUCAAUUAUUAGCUGAACAUGCCAAGGAUCACACAUUGAGAUUUGGUAAUAAAUCCCCAUUUUUCAGAAAAUACUUUGGCAACGAGACUGCAAGUGCUGAGGUUGUUGGUCAUUUUGACAAUGUUGUAGGUGCCGACAAAUCUUCCAUUUUGUUUCUUUGUGAUGACUUGGAUGACAAGUGCAAAAAUGAUGGGUGGGCUGGAUAUUGGAGAGGCUCUAACCAUAGUGAUGAGACUAUUAUUUGUGAAUAUUCUUUUGUUAGCAGAAGAUACUUGUCGCAACUAUGCUCCAGUGGAUAUACCGUCUCGCAAUCUAAGACAAACAUUUUUUGGGCAAGUGACUUAUUACACCGAUUCUGGCACUUAAAAUCGAUUGGACAGCUUGUUAUUGAUCAUUAUGCUGAUACUUAUAAGGAAGUUCUUGAAUUAGCUCAAGAAAAUUCUACCUAUGCUGCAAAAAACUCGCAAUCGUUGAUUUAUUAUGCUUUGGAUGUCUAUGCAUAUGAUGUUGCAAUUCCAGGCGAAGGGUGCAAUGGAGAUGGUACUCUGUACAAGACAUCAGAUUUUGAAAUUGGUCAGGAUAACGAACAUAGUUCUGAAUCAGGGACCAGCAGCACAGCUUCAAGUUCCGAUCAACAUACUGAUAGCAACCCUAGCACCACCACAUCUGCUAGUCUGCAUUGCCACACACAUGCAGAUGGCGAAGUUCACUGUUAG